AUGGUCUCGACGCCUCGGGCCAAGAGUCGUUAUCAGUCAACUCAACAGCCGGAGACGCCCAGAUCUGUCAAGAAACGCCUCCACAAAGGCCGUUUCAGUGACGGACACUGGUGGUGCAACUGUGAGCCUCGAAAUAAAGCCAGUCUUCGAGAGACGAGAAAGUCUGGUCCAAACAAAGGCCGCUUCUACUGGAAAUGUGACGACUGCAGCUUCUUUCUCUGGUGGGAUGAGGCCAAGUCUCGCGAGACCGGUCUCAAGUCUUCUGAGAAGGGUGAAUCUUCACGAUCCAAGGCACCAGCCUUGACACAGCAGUCACUUGUAUCCUAUGGCUAUCAGGUCACUCCUAGUCGACGUGAUAGCAACACGGAUUUCGAAGAUAGCACAGAAUCUGGCGAGGAAUCUGAGCAAGACCCCCCAAUGCCCAAGUCAGCCAAAACCGCAGAGGCGGGUCCAUCAAGGGCAGCUGCUCUGGAAACGCCCAGUCGGGGGCCUACUAAGAGAAAGCGAGAUGUGUUUGAAGAUGAUGAAGACGAAGACGAAUUCAGUGACCUCGGCUCGGAUGAGGAGAGACAGAUGGUCGCUAUUGCGGACAAGAGCGUCGAGAAAGCUGCUGCCCAGAGACGAUAUGAAACUCCGACCAACAUGCGCUCUGCCGAUGUCAUUUCUGGCCUGCCCACUCCAGUCUCCCGUACACUCUUCCCAGGCACCGACUCCAAACGUCAGAAGCAGGUCUCUUUUGAAGAUACACCCUCUCGCCCUUCGGUGGCUCUCUCAUCCGCCACCAUUUCGGCUGGCACAACUCCGUCGAGGACCCCGGCUGGGCUGCAGGCAGUCCCAUCCAGCAGUCCUCCCGACAACAGCUACGACGUGACAGACGAGAUCAUGGGUCUCCUGCAAGACCAGAAGGUUGACCCUUCAGUCUUGCGGGCUAUAAAACACACCUUGACUACGGCAGCCCGUCGUACCAAAGGCAUUAUCCUUGGUCGUGAUUCCGCACGGGCGACCCUCAAGAUCCGAGAUGAAAAGAUUGCCAGCCUGCAAGAACGCAUCACGGCACUUGAGAACCGGGAGCGCAUGCACCACAGCCAGAUGACGAACAUCAAGGCAAACCUGAUGAAGAUGUAUGACGACAACUGA